UUAAACAUCCCCCUGGUAAAUACAGACGCAUCAGAACAGUGUUGACCAAUGGAAUCGCUGGGAUUGGAAAAACAGUCCUUGUUCACAGGUUUGUGUUGGACUGGGCCCAACAAAGGUCCAAUCAAGACGUACAUCUGAUUUUCCCCUUCACCUUCCGUCGGCUGAAUCCACUGAAGGGACAGAAGUUUAGUUUAUCUGAGCUCAUUCAUGAAUGUAUCCCAGAAACUGAGUCCAUCAGCCUGGAGGCUCUGAAUUACAUCUUUACACAUCUACAGUCAUCAGGAAACAGCAACUAUGACAAGAGCAAGUUCAAACUUCUCUUUGUGUUUGAUGGACUGGACGAGAGUCGCCUCCAACUGGACUGUAGCACCAGUAAGAAGAAGACGGGUCAACGUGACGUCACAGAGUCCACCUCAGUGGAAGAGCUGCUGACAAACCUCAUCAGAGGAAAACUACUGCGCUCUGCUCGCAUCUGGAUCACCACACGACCUGCAGCAGCCAAUCAGAUUCGUAGAGACUUUGUUGAGGUGGUGACGGAGGUCAGAGGGUUCACUGACCCACAGAAGGAGGAGUUCUUCAGGAAGAGAUUCACAGAUGAGGAGCAGAGCAACACAAUCAUGUCCCACAUCAAGACGGCACGAAGCCUCCACAUCAUGUGCCACAUCCCAGUCUUCUGCUGGAUCACUGCUACGGUUCUGGAGGAUCUGAUGAAAACCAGAGAGGAGGGAGAGCUGCCCAAGACCCUGACGGAGAUGUACGCAGAGUUCCUGGGGUUUCAGAUGGAUCGGACUAAAGACAAGUACGGACCAGAACAGAGCAGCAACUACAUCAAGUCAUUGGCUAAACUGGCUUUUAAGCAGCUGGUAAAGGGAAACUUGAUCUUCUAUGAGGAAGAUCUGAAAGAGAGCGGCAUCGAUGUCAGUGGAGCCUCAGUGUGUUCAGGAGUGUUCACAGAGAUCUUUAAACAGGAGCGGGGGAGAAAAACCAAGGACAAGAUGUUCAGCUUUGUUCAUCUGAGCGUUCAGGAGUUUCUGGCUGCUGUUCACAUGAUGAUCUGUUACACCAACAGGAAGAUGGAGACAUUGAAGAACUUCCUGAAAGACCACAGUUCUGCUCUGGAUGUUGUCCUAAGUAGAACCAUUUUUAAAUCCCUCCUCAGUCCAAGUGGCCACCUGGACCUGUUUGUUCGCUUCCUUCAUGGCCUCUGUCUGGAGUCCAACCAGAGAAUCUUAGGAGGUUUGCUGGGUCACACAAAGAUCAGUCCACAAACCAUCCAGAGAAUCAUUAACAACCUGAAGAAGAUGAACAGUGAAAGAAUCUGUCCAGACAGAAGCAUCAACAUCUUCCACUGUCUGAUGGAGAUGAACGACCACUCAGUCCAUCAGCAGAUCCAAGAGUUCCUGAAGUCAGAGAACAGAUCAGAGAAGGAACUCUCCUUGAUCCAGUGCUCAGCUCUGGCCUACAUGCUGCAGAUGUCAGAGGAGGUUCUGGAUGAGAUAGACCUGAAAAGGUACAACACAUCAGUGGAGGGACGACGGCGACUAAUCCCAGCUGUGAGGAACUGCAGAAAGUUUAAACUUUCAGACUGUGGACUCACAGAGACUCACUGUGAAGUUGUCGCCUCAGCUCUGAAGUCCAACCCGUCACAUCUGACACAUCUGGACCUGAGCUUCAACUUUCUGCAGGACUCAUCAGUGAAGGUUCUGUGUGCUGGACUGGAGAGUCCUCAUUGUCGACUGGAGACUCUGAGAUUGAGUGACUGCAGUUUGUCAGAGAUCAGCUGUGAUUCUCUGGUCUCGGCUCUGAAGUCCAACCCGUCACAUCUGACACAACUGGAACUGAGCUACAACAAACUGAAGGAUUCAGGAGUGAAGCAUCUUUGUGGUUUUCUGGAGAGUCGUCACUGUGGACUGGAGACUCUGAGACUGAGUUGCUGCAGUUUGUCAGAGAUCAGCUGUGAUUCUCUGGUCUCAGCUCUGAAGUCCAACCCAUCACAUCUGAAACAACUGGACCUGAGUAACAACCAACUGCAUGAUUCAGGAGUGAAGCAUCUGUGUGGUUUUCUGGAGAGUCGUCGCUGUCGACUGGAGACUCUGAGACUGAUGAGCUGCAGUUUGUCAGAGAUCAGCUGUGAUUCUCUGGUCUCAGCUCUGAAGUCCAACCCGUCACAUCUGACACAACUGGACCUGAGUGGAAACAAGCUGCAGGAUUCAGGAGUGAAGCAUCUGUGUGGUUUUCUGCAAAGUCGUCACUGUCGACUGGAGACUCUGGGAUUGAGUUGCUGCAGUUUGUCAGAAAUCAGCUGUGAUUCUCUGGUCUCAGCUCUGAAGUCCAACCCGUCACAUCUGACACAACUGGACCUGAGUGUUAACAAGCUGCAGGAUUCGUCAGUGAAGUCUCUCCAUGUCCUGGAGCAGAGUCCAGACUAUGGACUGCAGACUCUGAGGUCAGUAGAGGUUGGAGUCAGUCUGUGCUGCUUUCAGCAGUAUUGGACUAAACUCAGUUAGUGUCACAGCAGAGAUCCAGUGUUUCCUGUAAAGCUCCAGUCACUCAUCAAAGUGUCGUAGCAUCAACACUAACUACUGAUCAGGUUCAUGUGUGUCACAGCUCUGAGAUGAGUCUGGCUGAUAGAACCAUGGUUCCAUGUAGUAACCAUGUGGUGCUGGUCCAGAGCAGAACCUCUGCUGAAGUCCAGUCAUCACAUCUGUGUCUGUGUCCUUCUGUCAUUAGUUUGCUCCAAAGCUUCUCAUGUUUCUGUGUCAGCUGAUGUUUCAAAGCAGAGAAGAUGUUGGUCACCACACAGUGACUCUGUCUGUGAUGGACCAACAGGAAGUCGUCUCUAAAGCCAUGACUCAGCAGUUUGUUUCACUGUGGACUGGAGUGAAAUGUGCAGAGUCAGCAGACUUGAUGCUUCAG